AUGAGAGAGAUAAGUGUUUUAUACACCAACCAAAUGUUCAAAUUCUCAACAAUAUUUUUAGUUUUGACCUUUAUUGUUUCUGCUUUCUCAGAAUUUGGCCCAAAGGUUUAUUUGUGUGCUCCGUGUGCUAAUAAUACAUUACAAGAAUGUGGAGCAGCCGGUGCUCUCACUUGUGUUGACAUACCAUUGAACAGAUGUUACGCCUCUAAUGAUGUAUGCUCUGGUUUCCUCGGAAAAACUCAUUAUAUAUCUCCCAAAGGAAGUGGUGUUUUCAUAAGUGAUUUCUAUACUUCAGUGGAUUCGUGUAAUCAACAUCUUAAUCCAAUAUCAAUAACUCAGAACUGUGGUGAUUGUUUAGAUGGAUACACUUUAGUUUGUCCAACUGACAGUUCUUCAAAUAAUAUGAAAGCCUUUGAAAUAGUGGCCCUAUCAUUCAAAAGAUUUCUCACUCUCAAAAUUUCAAUUGGGACAUCCAUUGAGGAUGAGGUUAGAUUAACAAAAUUUUCUAAUGCUUGUGCUUCUGCAGGUUCAGUUAGCUUGUGUUAUUCAUGUCUAAAUAAUACAAAACAAGAAUGUGGUGCCUCCGGUACCAUCAAAUGUGUAGCAAUCCCGUUUGAUAAAUGUUUCAAUUUCAAUGAUGUUUGUUCUGGUGCCCCAACUAUAGAAGCUUAUUAUGUAUUUCCAGUAAAUAGUGGUGAAGCUUCUCUUAAUAUCUAUACUUCUAUUGAUACAUGUAAUCAGAAGUUUCAUCCAAAUUCAUCAUCUCUGGACUGUACUUAUUGUGUAGAUGGAGUCACUAUCCUUUGUGACUCCGAUAAUGCAGCUUCGAACAACUUCCAGUCCUUUAGAAUAGUUGCAAUCUCUUUACUUUUGAUCAGAAUGUCAAAGACGGAAGUCUCGAAUUUUAAUAGAGGUAAUAGACAUUUAUUAAAUAAAGAAAUAUUAAUUAUUAAUUUCUACUUUAUAAAUACUGAACUAUAA